UGAGCCACCUUCUGUGAAGGUCUGCAUCUUUUUUUGUGGGGGUGAAAUAACCAACAAGGAGUAGAAGGAGGUGUGUACUGUACACACGAGGCUGCCAGUUGGAGGGAGGACAGGAGGGAGAAGGGAAGCGAAGAGGGGGAUGAAAGGUUGGCUUGGUACAGCUGUUGAUGCCAAGGUGUGACAGUGAGACAAACUGAGGAAGCUCAGAAGAUUAGAGGACACAAGUGCGAGGAGCCGUGGCAGCCACUUGUAGGCCAAGAGAAGAGGAAAACAGAUUCAAAUACGUACACAGCUGGACAGAUGAGGAGGCAUCAGGGACCACGCUUUAGUCCUGGGUAUCUGGUGAACUGACCCUGCCUGCAACAGGCGAGGAGUCAGAGGACCAGGGCCAUGACUGUCCCUUCUGGCCCUGGUGGGCGUGCCUUAGUGCCAUGGCCAAGGUUGUGUCAAUGGAUCCUGGCUGCCUCUCUGGUCGCUAUGAUAACCACGACUAUGCCAGGGAUCAGCCAGGCCUGUCCGCCACGAUGCGAGUGCUCAGCUCAGCUGAGGUCAGUGUCAUGUCAGCGGCGGCGGCUUACCAACAUCCCAGAAGGUAUUCCCACAGAGACAAGGCUCCUGGACCUCAGCAAGAACCGGCUCCGCUGGGUGCAGGCGGGUGAUUUGACACCGUACCCAAGGCUGGAGGAAGUGGACCUCAGUGAGAAUCUCAUCGCAACAUUAGAGCCUAAUGCCUUCUCAACCCUUCAAAAUCUUAAAGUGCUAAAGUUAAGGGGUAACCAACUAAAGUUAGUGCCCAUGGGAGCCUUUGCCAAGUUGGGCAAUCUGACCAACCUGGAUCUGAGUGAGAACAAGAUGGUGAUUUUACUGGAUUACACCUUCCAGGAUCUGAGGAAUCUGAAACAUCUGGAGGUUGGCGACAAUGACCUGGUUUAUAUAUCCCACAAGGCAUUCUCAGGGCUGCUUGGGCUGGAGGAUCUUACUGUAGAGCGCUGUAACCUUACAUCCAUCUCUGGCCAGACACUGUCCUACCUUCGCAGCCUGAUCACUCUUCGCCUUCGCCACCUCAGCAUUACUGCCCUGGAGGACCAGAACUUCCGCAAGCUCUCCAACUUACGGGGUCUGGAAAUUGAUCACUGGCCAUACCUUGAAUACAUCUCCCCUCUUAGUUUUCAGGGCUUGGAUCUCCACUGGCUUUCCAUAACUAACACCAACAUCACCUCUGUCCCCUCCACCUCCUUCAAGAACCUAGUGCACCUUACCCACCUCAACCUGUCCUUUAAUCCCAUCACCACACUAGAGCCUUGGGCCUUUAAGGAUCUGCUGAGGUUGAAGGAGCUCAUCAUGGUGAGCACUGGGUUGAUGACAGUGGAGCCCCAUGCCUUUGGAGGCCUCAGACAGAUUCGGGUCCUCAACUUCUCCUCCAACGAUCUACAGACUCUGGAAGAGGGCUCCUUCCACUCUGUUAACAGUCUGGAGACUCUCAGAGUGGACGGAAACCCCCUGUUGUGUGACUGCCGUCUGUUGUGGAUCCUGCAAAGGCGCAAGACCCUCAACUUUGACGGCAGAGUGCCAGUGUGUGCGGGGCCGAUGGAGGUGCAAGGGGUCAGCCUCAGCGCCUUCACCGAUUCUGCACUCUUCGAUCAUUUUACAUGCCAGAAACCUAAGAUACGCAACCGUAAGAUGCAGCAGGUGGUUGUUCGAGAAGGCCAACCAGUGAGUUUUCUGUGUCGGGCUGAUGGAGAACCUGCACCUUCUAUUGUCUGGAUUUCACCACAGCGCAGACGGAUCACAGCCAAGAGUUCAGGACGCAUCACUGUUCUCUCUAGUGGUACCCUUGAGAUUCGCUACGCCCAGCUUACUGACAGUGGAACAUACAUCUGCAUCGCCAGUAACGCCGGAGGCAAUGACACCUACUUUGCCACACUCACAGUGCGAGGCCAGCCGCUGGAUGCCGCCUCAGCCUUUUUUCUUAACCGUUCACUGUACAGCAACGAGUUCUUCAACGACACCAAUCUUAACAGCACACGCGUUUUUCUCAAGUUCACUUUGGACUUGACAACCAUCUUGGUCUCGACGGCGAUGGGCUGCAUCACCUUUCUGGGGGUUGUCCUCUUCUGUUUUCUACUGUUGUUCGUGUGGAGUCGGGGGCGUGGCCAGCGCAGGAACAACUUCACAGUAGAGUACUCUUUCCGGAAAUCUGAGCCCGCCACUGGGAGCUCUUCAGGAGGGACCAGAAAGUUCAAUAUGAAAAUGAUAUGAAACAACGCAGCCAGGGGUCCCUCGGGGGAGGCAUGAGCACGUCCCAGAAACGUGUCUGACACACGCAAACACACACAGCAUCUGACUCACAAAGAAGUUUGAAAGCUCAAUAUAAGUUCUUGUCUGUGGCUCUACCUAAAAUUGAACACCCACAUCAAUACUGGAGCCAUGACUCAAUUUGGCUUGUGAAAACAAAAUUACCCUGGUCUAUCGACCCCACUGUGGUCUUAUUUAGUUUGUGGCUGAAACAUGUUAGCACAAGACAGUAAGAAGCAAUAAUAGUAAAAGGCUACUUGUAUAUUAUUGUCUAUAAGGAUAAAGUAAAAAAAUAUAGGUGAUAAGUUUUAAACUGGCACUGGAACAUGAGUGGAUCUGUCUAUUUUGAUAAGAAAUCAAGAUUUAGCUUUUCAUUUAAAUGUCCCUUUUUUGUAGUUUGUGUCAUCACAGAUUUAAAAAGAAAUGUCUUACAGAUAAUCAGUUAAGAGAAUUUAUAGUCAAGUCUUGUUACAGUUCAUGCAUGCAGAGUUACAGGUCAGAGUUUGUUCAGCUAAAUAAAACAUUUAUUCUAAAGAAAAAAAACACAUAAAUUGUUUAAAAUACAGUUAAUGAUAGCAUUCAUUACUUAUUUUGACUACACCUGAGUAGUGGGGACUACAUAGGGUCAAACAGCUCAUUACAAUGAUUAUGUCUUCUUUCAGUAAUCAAAGGAUCCAUUGACAAUCACAGGCUUUAUAUGACGAAUAGACAAAAGAAACAAAAUUUGGCCUUUUCUUCUUUGUGAGAAGUUACCACAAAAUGAGCUGUGUGAGUUUGGGACGAGCGCACUGACCGAGAACUAUCAUGGCUGCCUGUGGCCUGGAGGGCUUUGCUUUGAAGAUAAAACCUCUGGGUACAGGCUGCUAAGAUAACCACAGUAACCAAUUCAAAAGAGAGCUCUGGGUUGCAGGUGCACAAGGGUUGCUGGUAGAAAGGAAGGGAAGGUAUAAGGCAAGCUGACCUGUGCUUUCUCUUUCCUACGUUCCAAGCCCCUCUGAUGCGCCUUCCCUGAAAGGGAGAGCGUGGAAGGUGGCGACCUCCACUGCCCCCUCAUUUCUGCUCUCUGUUGUAUUGGUGGUCACCCGACUUUACUGAUGCUGCCCGGGGGGAGCAGCCUGGAUAGUUGGGUCAUGCUCAGAGGCAGAUGGAGGACAUUCAGACUCACAAGAAGGUGUUUGCAUUACAAACAAAAUCAAUCCGACAGUGUAUGACACAACAGCACAUUUAGCGCCUUUUCUCAGGAAGUGAAAUAAAUAACCUACGAAGUGAAAGUGGUACACAUGUUUACUGUGCUAAUAUAUAACAUUCCAGCAAUACUGUAUGUAUAGCCAUAAAUUUACCACUCAUUUUCCAAGAGAGAACUACUGAAAAGUUGUGCGUGAAGAAACAAAGCCAUAGUUUGCGUAGGUUGAAUUUUUAUACAGUAGUGUGUGCAUGAUUCGGUUAUAUUAUUAUCACCCCUGCCAUCCUACAAGCUGCCUCGUUGAUCAUGAGACCAUCUGCUGUCACGGGGUUUCACCUCAAAACACACACACACAGAACCACAUUGCAGUCAUCGUACAAGGUAACAAAGCAGCACAAAAAUCUCAAGAUGUGAUGCCGACUGCUCUCUAUCUGCCUCUGCGACGGCCGGUGUGCGAAUGUCUCUGCCCCCCUAGCCCAGUGCA